AAUCAUGAGCAUUGACGAAUACGUCUUUUUUAACAGAAACAUUUUGAAAAUCGUUGGACUUUAUCCAAUCAAUUUACUCCGCUAUUUUGCUUGUUUGUUGUUGAUUUUUCUAAUCGUCGUGCCCCAAAUGUUUCAACUCUAUUUGAAAAGAAACGAUCUUUCCGUGAUUUUGGAAACCAGCUCAGUGUCGGUGACGCUGUUGCUCGCGAUAUUAAAGUCAUUCGUAUGGCUCAGCAACAACGAGACAACAAAAUUAAUCACGUUUUUAUUGACUGAUUAUUGGCAGAUUGCCAGAUCCAUCGACACGAACGACUGUAUGCUCGAGCACGCGAAAUCGGGGAGAAAUGUGACUCGAGGUUACUCGUUUCUAAUAGUGAACGCAUUGUUCAUAUUUUUUUCAUUUCGACCGUUGGGCUUCGUGAUCCAAAAAAUCCGAGGCAAUUACGGAGAAAGUCUCGACGACGCAGAAACAAGUUUCCCAUUUCCAGCAGCCUAUCCAACAUUUUUUUACAAGUCACCAUUUUACGAGAUGACUUACGUGUCCCAAAUGUUGGCCACAAGUUUCUGCGGUCUUCUGAUCCUUGCGAUGGACACACUCGUCGCAACAGCGCUGUUUCACACGUGCGGACACUUCGAAAUUCUUCACCGUAAUUUAUUAGCUCUAGACAAUUACAUCGAUCAGCCGGAAUACGUGGAAAAAAAUGAAACUGAUGAAAUAACAAAAUGUUCCGGGGAACUGUCCUGGACCGUUGAAAAACGACUCAAUAGGAUCGUGUCUCAUCACCAGGUGAUCAUAAGGUUUUCCGAUUCCGUUGAAAAAGCUUUCAAUCUUAUACUUUUUCUGCAAGUAUUCGCCAGCAGUUUGUUAAUAUGUCUGGUUGGAUUCCAGCUUUCAACGACGACAGCGAAUGCGUACAAACUCGCCGAGUAUUUCUCGUACCUCCUGAUGGCGAUGUUUCAAAUGCUGCUGUUUUGUUGGCCCGGUGACAAAAUUAUAUAUCACAGUUCGACGAUUGGAAACGCUGCUUUUUCCGUGAAGUGGUACGACUCUUCGAGCUACAUAAAAAUGGGCAUUUUCUUCAUAAUCCUUCGGAGCCAGAAGCCGAAUUGUUUGACAGCAGGAAAGUUCUACAAAAUGUGCAUGACGAGCUUCGCCACGAUACUAAACACUUCCCUUUCGUAUUUUAUGCUACUGCGCAGUAUCAACGUUAAUUAACUCAUGGAAUAGAGUAAUGCCAAUGAAAAAAGAGAGUAAAUAGAAUG